AUGACUGGCACGGCGGGGUGGGGCACGACGGUCAAGACUGUCCGAGCCAUCGAUGAGGACAAGAUUAGAGACUGCAAGGAAGAUAUUGACACGUUGCUAGUAUUCGCUGGCUUAUUCUCUGCUGUCAUGACUGCCUUCCUCAUAGAAUCUUACCAACUACUCGAUGAAGACCCAUCCGACGUCGUGACUCGGCUGCUCGAGCGUCUUGUGGACCAGACAGAGUCCUAUCAACUCGUGAACGGUUCGCUUUAUUCGAGAGCUGGGCCCAGGGCCAAGUCGCCGCCGUUUUCCCCACCACCGUCCGCGAUUCACGUGAAUGUACUCUGGUUCGCGAGCCUGAUGUUCAGCCUCAUUACGGCGUCCUACGGCAUGCUCGUGAAGCAGUGGCUGCGC